UCCUCUCUCUCUCUCGGCUUCCAUGACUUCUAAGAGUUCACCUUCGAGCCCUUGUCCUGUGGACAAAGCCAAGUUUACUCGUAUAUUUCUUCGAGCCCUUGCGAGAAUAAACAAAGACAGACUCACUUCAUCUUCCCACCAGGAAAUCCACAAACGAAGUCGGAGAAUAAAGAUUGCUGCUGAUGCAUCCAUGGCUUCAGCAAUUGGGUCUAAGAGAGCUUGGAGCCGUAUCAUGCUUUGGAAACUACGGAGCCGUAUCAGAUAUCGAGCUUUGAUCCGAUCCAGGGUGAUUAGUUUGGAGAGGAAGAGAAGUGUUGAUAUUGGUAAUAAGAAAAAGAAAGAAUUGAGCCGCCCCGACAAACUCCGGCAGCUUGUUCCCGGCGGUGAAACCAUGGAUUUCUGUAGCUUGUUGGAUGAAGCUUCUCAUUAUAUAAAGUGCCUCACCACCCAAGUUCAGGUCAUGCGACGCAUUGCUCAUUUCUAUUCUACCUGAGAUAUCCUGAGAGAGA